AUGCAUCCUAACUGGAAGUACUGUGCACUUCUGGCUAUUUUCCUGGCCAAUCCCCUGGAAAUUUCUGCCAGAGCAAUUGAUCGACGUGACCUGGCUGCACUGCUUCCACGAAUUGAGAUUCCUGGAAUCACCAUCCCGAAGCCAAUCCCCAUUCCAAAGCCGGUGGUCCCAGAGGUCCCAGGAAACGUCCCUGGACGAAUUCCUCCCAUCAAACCUGAGCCUGUUCCUGUUCCAAAGCCGGAGCCGAAGCCGGGCAAUCAGCCUUGCAAGCGAGUCGACGGUUGUGUACCCAAAGGUCCCCUAGACGCUCCCGAUUUUGUCGUUGCGCAUGUCGUGCAGAAGUUCGGAGACGAUGGUCUGACGGUGAACGGCUUCAUCCCUUGGGAGACCAAAGCCACUGAAAUGACCAAGGGUACUGAAGACACCGCAAAGUUCGACGCGAAUCUACGAUCUGUCACCCAACGGCUGUAUGAUGAGCUUCCACUUAAGACAAAGGCAGGCGGAAACAACAUCGUGGCCUCGAUCUGGGUGCCCCAAAAGGGCAUUUACUUCUCUUCCAUUCCCCGUCAGCAGGCCGCCGCCAAGAUACUUUCGGACAAGGCAAACGCACCAUCUUGGGAUUGGCAGGCUGGAGCUGGGCGAAACAACGAGAAAGAUCUGCAUGCUGAAGAUGGUGCCAUUUACAAUUUCGAGAUUCUCAACCCCGCCGACUUCGCGGAUCCGGCCAAGGCCAGGGCUUGGAAGUUCCCUACUGAAUCGAGAAUUGCUGUAUAUGGAAAGCCAAACGGGGACAUGGAUGAGGGAUUCCUUUACCCUUGCAGAAACACGAUCAAGGCCGGCGGAUAUGUCCGAGACCCCACCUGCGAUACCGUUGUUAAUCGCAUGGGCCUCACCCCUGUUUCGAGCCCAGCACACAACCCCAAAUAG